CCAAGAUUGCAUUAACUCCUCUCACUCUCUCUAGAAAGAAAUAAAAACUUCAAUUCUCCAUAAAUGCACUUGCAUCCUCUCAAUACUCUUCGCAUUAACUCCUCUCUCUCAUGCUCCAACUUCUUCAAUUCUCCCACCUGUUCCUCUCUCUAUCUCUCUCUACUUAAAUUCUGUUCACAAGAAAGGUAUAUCAUCAAUCAAACUCUCGUCUGAAAACCGCUCUUUACUCCCUCAAAAGUGGUUUUCCGUUGACCCUUUACACUCUUUUACACUGGACUCUUCAAAAGAAAGAAAAAAAACCAGAAACAUCAAGUUAAACCUUUUAGAAAGAGGUGAAGAAAGAUGUUUCAGCCAAACAUGUUUGAUAGCCAUCAUAGUUUUGAUAUGAGCCAUAAAACCCCAGAAGAUGACCUUGAUAUGCUUAGAGAUGACGACUAUGAGAGCAAAUCCGGAACCGAUAUCAUGGAAGCUCCCUCUGGCGAUGAUCAAGAUCCGAAUCAACGCCCCAACAAAAAGAAACGAUAUCAUCGCCACACGCAACAUCAAAUCCAAGAAAUGGAAUCGUUCUUCAAAGAAUGCCCACAUCCGGAUGAUAAGCAAAGAAAGGAACUUGGCAGAAGAUUAUCAUUGGAACCAUUGCAAGUCAAAUUUUGGUUUCAAAAUAAGCGCACUCAAAUGAAGGCUCAACACGAACGCCAUGAGAAUACACAACUGAGGAAUGAAAAUGAAAAGCUUCGAUCCGAAAAUAUACGUUACAAAGAAGCCCUUGCCAAUGCCACUUGUCCAAACUGUGGUGGUCCUGCUGCUAUUGGAGAGAUGUCUUUUGAUGAACAACAAUUGAGAAUAGAAAAUGCAAGGCUACGUGAAGAGAUUGAUAGGAUAUCUGGAAUCGCUGCAAAGUAUGUUGGCAAGCCAAUGUUGAAUUAUCCGAAUAUGUCGCCUCAUGGACCAACUCGAUCACUUGAUCAAGGUGUUACUAGUUUUAGUCCACAACAAGGGAUGGUAGGAGAGAUGUUUGGGGCAAAUGACCUUCUCCGGUCCGUGUCAGGACCAACCGAGGCAGACAAGCCAAUCAUAAUAGAGCUGGCGGUUGCAGCAAUGGAGGAGCUAAUCAGAAUGGCUCAGGUUAAUGAACCCUUGUGGAUUCCAAGCUCGGAAAACUCAUCCGAGACCUUGAGUGAAGAUGAGUACUUGAGGAUGUUUCCUCGUGGGAUGGGUCCAAAACAGUUGGGAUUAAAAUCUGAGGCUUCAAGAGAAUCCGCAGUUGUCAUCAUGAAUCAUAUCACUCUAGUUGAACUUCUAAUGGAUGUGAAUCAAUGGUCAAAUGUGUUUUCUGGCAUUGUUUCAAGAGCAAUGACCUUGGAAGUUCUUUCAACCGGUGUUGCUGGCAAUUACAAUGGUGCUCUUCAAGUGAUGUCAGCUGAGUUUCAAGUUCCUUCACCACUGGUUCCAACCCGAGAAAACUACUUUGUUAGGUAUUGUAAACAACAUGCUGAUGGUACUUGGGCUGUAGUUGAUGUGUCUUUGGACAAUUUGCGCCCUUCUUCAGUUUCAAGAUCUAGAAGAAGGCCCUCUGGUUGUUUAAUUCAAGAACAACCCAAUGGAUAUUCCAAGGUAACAUGGGUUGAACAUGUUGAAUUUGAUGAUAGAGCUGUUCACAAUAUCUAUAAGUUACUGGUGAACUCUGGUCUGGCGUUUGGGGCAAAGCGAUGGGUGGCAACUUUAGAUAGGCAAUGUGAACGGCUUGCAAGCGUAAUGGCUAACAAUAUUCCUUCAGGAGAUGUUGGAGUAAUAACCACUCCAGAAGGGAGAAAGAGUAUGUUGAAGCUGGCUGAGAGAAUGGUUCUGAGCUUUUGCAGCGGUGUUGGAGCUUCAACCGCACACACAUGGACAACUUUGUCUGGGAGUGGGGCUGAUGAUGUUCGCGUUAUGACUCGAAAGAGUAUGGAUGACCCAGGCAGACCUCCUGGUAUAGUACUGAGUGCUGCAACUUCAUUCUGGAUACCUGUUCAACCAAAGCGAGUUUUUGAGUUUCUUCGUGAUGAGAACUCAAGGAGUGAGUGGGACAUUCUUUCAAAUGGUGGACUAGUUCAAGAAAUGGCACACAUUGCCAAUGGCCCUGACCCAGGAAACUGUGUCUCCCUUCUGCGUGUUAACAGUGCAAAUUCUAGCCAAAGCAACAUGCUGAUAUUACAAGAGAGUUCAAGUGAUUCUACAGGAUCCUAUGUUAUAUAUGCUCCAGUAGAUAUCCAAGCAAUGAAUGUGGUCCUAAGUGGAGGUGACCCAGAUUAUGUUGCCUUGUUACCAUCUGGUUUCGCUAUACUUCCAGACGGGCCGGUACAAUAUCAAGGCGGAAUUCCGGAAGUAGGAACUGGUGGAUCAUUACUGACUGUGGCAUUCCAAAUUUUAGUUGAUUCAGUUCCUACAGCCAAAUUAUCAUUGGGUUCGGUAGCAACAGUUAAUAGUCUUAUCAAGUGCACAGUUGAAAGGAUCAAAGCUGCCGUAGGUUCUCCAUGACGGACUAGAGUGCUUAAGGGAAGAGGGAAUGCAACAUCUAGGCAAGGCAAUGUUUACUCACCUUCUGAAACAAAGUGGAAGAAGUCAAGAACGCACCUAAUAACGGCCCUUGAAGUUUGAUGACUUUGUUUUAAUCUUGAAGCAAAUGAGUCAAUAAAGCAUGGUCAACGUCCUUCAAGGGUUGUAGGUUCGGGUAUUGACUUUGCUAUAUUAAAGGAAGAGGGAGUAAAUUAAGAUCUUGUCAUAAUUAUAAUUCCCAAAACUUUCUUUUGUUUUAAGGUUUAUUUUGUUAGAAUUUAUUGUUGUGUUUUGUAGUAUUUGGUUUCUAGUCUCCAGGACCUUAAUCCUAACAAAACAAUUUCUAUUUCAGUUUUACUUCUAUCUCA